AUGACUGAAAGUAAAGCAGGAAACAGCACAGCACAGAGAGAAUUCCACCUCUUGGCAUUUCUGAGUCAUGAAAAACUGCAGGUCCUGAUCUUUAUUUCAGUGUUACUGGUGUACAUUCUAACUGUAUGUGCAAAUCUUAUUAUUACUGCACUUGUAUGUUUGGUGCCCCAUCUGCACACUCCAAUGUACUUUUUCCUGUGCAACUUGUCAGUCCAAGACAUUGUCUAUGUCACUGCCAUCUUGCCAAAGUUUCUGGCUAUAACCACAGCAGGUGACAACAGCAUUUCUUUCCUGGGCUGUAUGAUUCAGCUGUAUCUACAUAUAUCAUGUGUUUCAGGAGAAGCUCUCCUUCUGACCUCUAUGGCUUAUGAUCGCUAUGUAGCCAUCUGUAUCCCCAUGCGUUACUCUCUCAUCAUGAAGAAAAGUGUAUGUGUUCUCCUUGCCUCUGUUUCUUGGUUCAUCGGUGCCACAAAUGGAUUCAUGUAUAGUUGGCUCAUUUCUAAUUUUUUUUUCUGUGAUCGUCAUGAAAUCAAUCAUUUCUUUUGUGAGAUGAAAGCAAUUCUAGGGCUCUCUUGUGGUGGCUUUCAAAACAUUAAAAUUGUAAUGAUUGCAACAUGUGCAAUUAUUGGACUCUUGCCCUUCAGUUUAAUUCUGAUCUCCUAUGGAAACAUUAUAUCUUCUGUCCUAAAGAUCCGUACUUCAGCAGGAAAACUCAAGAUCUUCUCCAGCUGCUGCUCCCAUCUCACAGUUGUGGUUCUGUUCUGUGGGACACCUGUAAGUUUGUACAUGAAGCCAGAGUCUGAGAAUUCCCAAGAAAUAGAUAAGCUGCUGUCUCUACUGUAUGUGGCUGUCACUCCACUGUUGAACCCAUUAGUGUAUAGCUUGAGGAACAAAGAUAUAAUUAAUGCCAUUAAACAUAUCACAAAUCUAUAUUUCUGGGGCAGCUUUGCAUGUAAUGAUAUAGAUAAUGAUGUGAUUUACAACUAA